AUGCUGCAGACAAGGCCAUCAGAAACGCAUGAAACCCUCGUUCCAGGUAUCCAGAGUCAUACUCAUCCGAUUGAUGAAUUCCACAAUGUGAAUAGUGACCGUGUUGCUAAAGAAUGGUCAUUAAACAACAAACAAUCCAGGGCAUUCAAACUAAUAGCAGAGCACAGUCGGGCGAGCAAUCCCGAACCUCUAAGAAUGUUCAUUGGGGGACCUGCUGGAACUGGGAAAUCAAGGGUUAUCAAUGCUCUAAAAGACUUCUUCGUAAAACGAAACCAAGCACGAUGA